AUGAGUGAUGUGAAUCUGAAGUCUGGCCCUUUUGCCUACUCUUCCUCCCGCUCUUCUUGUUCUUCCUCCAGCUCUUCCUCUUGCUCUUCAUCUUCUCCUUGUUAUUUAAUCUCAUCCUUGAUGUCCUCUGCCUCCUCCAACUCCCCUUUUGAAAAUGGGGUCAUGCUGUACAUGGUCUAUUUAAGCAAGGAGGAGCUCCAAACAUUCAAGCAGCUUUUAGUGGAUGAGAACCCCAGGCCUGGCUCUGUCCAGAUCACCUGGGACCAGGUGAAGACAGCCAGAUGGGGAGAGGUGGUUCAUCUCUUGGUGGAGUUCUUCCCUGGACGACUAGCUUGGGAUGUGACUCAUGACAUCUUUGCCAAAAUGAACCAGACAGAACUGUGUCUUCGGGUACAGAUGGAGCUAAAUGACAUUCUACCCAACCUGGAGCCAGAGGACCUGAACCCAAGAGAAAUGCCAGUGAAUUUGGAGGAAGGAGAAUCUGAUAAAAUACAAGAAUACAAGCUGCACAUUAUGGAUGAGUAUUCCAUGAUACGUAUCGUGACCACUUGGUUUGGGACCCACGUAGACUUCUUCUACCAAGACAUAGAGAGACACGAGAGGUUCUUACCAUGUCUUUUUCUUCCCAAAAGACCUCAAGGUAGACAGCCCAAGACUGUGGUCCUACAGGGAGUCGCUGGGGUUGGAAAAACAAGCUUGGCCAAAAAGGUGAUGUUGGAGUGGGCAGAAAACAAGUUCUACCCCCACAAGUUCUGGUGUGCUUUCUACUUCCAUUGCACGGAUAUGGCCCAGGUGGAUGAGCAGAGCUUCUCCGAGCUGAUUGCCCAUAAGUGGCCUGGGGCACGGUCUCUCAUGUCCAAGAUUAUGUCCAAACCAGACCAACUUCUGCUCCUCUUUGAUGGCUUUGAGGAAGUAACACUGACACUCACGGAUAGACCAGCUGACCUGAGUGAUGACUGGAGCCAGAAAUUGCCUGGGUCUGUCCUUCUGACCAGUUUGUUGAGCAAAAAAAUGCUUCCUGAAGCCACCUUACUGAUCACCCUGAGGUUCACAUCUUGGAGGAAACUUAAGCCCUUCCUAAAACAUCCCUCUUUUAUAACACUUACAGGGUUUAGUAUGAUGGAAAGAGCCAAGUAUUUCAGAACAUAUUUCAGAAACAAGAGGGAUGCUGAUGAAGCCUUGAGUUUUGUCAUGGGAAACACAAUUCUCUUCUCCAUGUGUCAGGUCCCUGUGGUUUGCUGGAUGGUGUGUUCUUGUCUGAGACAGCAGAUGGAGAGAGGAGCAGAUCUUGCACAGUCAUAUCCAAAUGCCACAGCUGUAUUCGUCCAAUAUCUGUCUAGCUUAUUUCCAACCAAACCUGGAAGACUUCCCAGUAACACUCAUCAGAAGCAACUGGCAGGUCUGUGUUACUUGGCUGCAGAAGGUAUGUGGAACAUGCGAUGGGUAUUUGACACGAAAGACCUUGAGCAAGCCAAGCUGGAUAAGACCGCUGUUGCUACUUUUCUCCGUGUGAAUAUUUUUCAAAGGGUGGCAGGUGACAGAGACCGUUAUGCUUUUGCCGUCAUAAGCUUCCAGGAGUUUUUUGCUGCCUUGUUGUACGUUCUGUGCUUCCCACAAAGACUCAGAAGUUUCUGGGUGUUGGACCGUGUUCAGAUCAUACGCCUGAUAACAUAUCCCGGAAGAAAAAAAAACUAUCUUGCUCAGAUGGGGCUUUUCUUAUUUGGUCUUUUAAAUGAAACAUGUGCUUCAGCUGCAGGGAAGUCAUUUGGAUGCAAGCUGUCCCUGGGUAAUAAGAAGAAAUUGCUGAAAGUGGCAGCCCUGUCAUAUGAAUGUAACCCACCAACCGUGCACCAUGGCGUCCCACAGCUAUUCUACUGUCUGCAUGAAAUCCAGGAGGAGGCAUUUGUGAGUCAGAUCCUAAGUGAUUGUCAGAAAGCUGCUUUGAUCAUCAACAAGAAGAAAGACAUGCAAGUGUCUGCUUUUUGUCUUAAGCACUGUCAACGUUUGCGGGAUCUAGAACUGACUAUUACUCUGACCAUCACCCAAGUGUGCUCACUCCACCCGGAUCCCCUCCAUUCCACUGAACCAGAAAGCAGUGACCAGUGUUUUCUCUGGUGGCAAGACUUCUGCUCCGUGUUUAGGACACAUGAGAAUUUGGAAGUCCUGACUGUGACAAACACUUCUAUGGAGACUGAGUCAGUGAAGGUUCUUUCUACGGCUCUGAGACAUCCUGGGUGUAAACUGCAAAAACUAAUCCUUAGAUGUCUACAUCCCUCCAUGUUGAACGAAGACUUAAUCCAAGUUUUGAUUGAAAACCGGUAUCUGAGAUACUUGGAAAUACAAGUCACAGAAGUGAGAUGUGAGGCCAUGGAGUUUCUGUGCACAGCCUUGAAAAGCCCACAGUGCUAUCUGCAGUGUCUGAGGUUGGAAGACUGCUCGGUUACCCCUAAGUGUUGGGUUGAUCUUGCCAGGGAUCUUGGAAGUAACAAACACUUGAAGACACUAAUGCUAAGAAGUAGCUGCCUGGAGACAUUUGGGGCAUAUUGCCUGUCAGUGGCCCAACUGGAGAAGCUGGUAUUGGAGAACUGUGACCUCACCCUGCUUACCUGUAAAAGUCUUACGUCUUCUCUCAAGAGUAAUGAGAUGCUGACCCAUCUGAGCUUGGCAGAAAAUGCCUUGAAGGAUGAAGGAGCCAAACAGCUUUGCAGUGCCCUACAGCACCCUGCGUGUCCUCUACAGAGGCUGGUGCUGAGAAACUGUGCCCUGACCUCUGACUGCUGUCAAGACUUGGCCUCUGCUCUGGAUAAAAACAAAAAUUUGAGAAGCCUGGACCUUGGUUUUAACAGCCUGAAGGACGAUGGAGUUAACCUGCUCUUUGAGGCCCUCACGAAACCCAAGUCUGGCCUCCAGAUUCUGGAGCUGGAUAAGUGCCUAUUCACCUCUGUCUGCUGCCAGACUAUGGCUUCCAUGCUCCUCCACAACCAGAGCCUGAGAUACCUGGACGUGAGCAAGAACGACAUUGGGCACAGGGGUAUAGUGCUCCUGCGGGAGGCCUUCCAGCAGCGCAAGUGGAAAGAGAAGGUUGUUCUGGAGACGAAACAGAAUUAUGCCCCAAGUAUGAUGACGAGGCUGGAGGGCCCAGUUGUGAAGAACAAAAUCCUGAGGAUUGUACAGGACUGGAGCGCUGAUUGCUGGGAUGAGGCAAGAUGGAUAGAGUGAUCCGGUGGCCCCCUGGAUACUUUCUUCCUUGGGAAUUGUUGGCCUGUUCUGUGGGCCAUUCUGAGUCUGGAAUGGCCCAGUUGAUUCCAGAAAAUGGUGUGGGGCAUGACCUCUAAGCACCUCCCUCGGAGAUGCUGAGGGCCAUGUGUUAGA